CGAAUUAAUGUUACGCAAAUCUCCGGAAGAGAACAGACCCCUUGCGAACUUCAAGCGAGACUACCCCGCUGCCACCUAGUAUGUCGUACAUAUAAUCAGGUGUGUUCCAAUCUAGAUCUUUGCUAUCCCUUCCUUGCAACGUGGCCGCUAAUAAUGACGCUGACUUUGAUGCGGCUCCGGUUAGUACUAACGACAGCGGAAAUAACAUUACGGCGUCUGCGUUCUAUCAGGUUCUUACCUUGUGUUUUGCUUGUCUUCUCGUACUCACUGCCGUUGUCUCGUCUACAAGACUCCUGGAAAAUAUCCGCAUUACCUACCCUGCGCAGCUCCUAUUUAUCAUUCUGCCGCGGGGCUGGCCUACCCCGAAGGUCAUCCCUGGCUUUACUAUGCAGGUAUCCGUCAGCAGGUCGUAAACCACUGGCAAGGACUUGGAGAUAAGAACGUAUACCUGGUGAACGCAACGAGAUGAAUCAAUCACAGCCAUGUGUAUCCGUCGUGGAUAUUUCAUUUCAUUU